AUGGUUGCUUCAGACAGGUUCGGAGGAGCACCAACAGAGGAUCCUAAUGCUCACAUUGCAAGAUUUCUGAGGAUCUGCAAAAACUACUUCGAGACAUGGGAUCAGUUGCACAGGGCGUUCUUGAAGAGAUUUUAUCCCGUCUCCAAGACUCAGAAAAUGAGACCUGGGAUUCAGAAUUUCAAACAGAUAGUUGGUGAGUCUUUAGCUGAGUCGUGGGAGAGAUUCAAGGAAUUACGAAGACAAUGCCCACACCAUGGUAUUCAGAGUUGGGACUUUAUGAUGGCAUUCUACGAAGGAUUACUGGAUAAUUCAAAAAUCCUAGUUGAUGCUUCUUCGGAGGGAUCAUUUACAGUUCUCGAGCCAACUCAUGCUGAGGAUCUUUUGGAGAAGAUUGCAAUGAAUGGGACCGCAUGGUACACAGAGAGAACUCACCAGAGACUUGUGGGCAGCGUAGAUGAUGAUUCCUUGACAGCUAAGGUUGAUAAUGUGGCCACCUUAGUGCGGCAGUUAGCUCAAAUUACUCUAAAGAAUCAAAGCGCGGGUAAUAUUUCUACUUCUACUAUUACCCCAAAACCAGUUAUGAUGUGUGAGCUAUGUGGAGGAAAACACAACACCGGAGGGUGUUACAACAUUGAAACACAGGGUACAAUGGAGCAAGUUGAUCUGGUACGAUAUGGUCAAGAACAACAGUCAUAUCCACAACAGGGAGUCUACAAUCCGAACGCACCGAGGAACCACCCUGGUUUCUCAUGGAGUAAUCCAGCUGGGGCGGCUAAUCCCCAAAAUUUUGGUAAUAGAGCUCCACCUCCAGGGUUCCAGGGACAACAAAACUAUAGAGGAGGAAAUCAACAACAGUUUAGGCCAAAUCAAGGAUAUCAGGCUCCAUGUACUCAGCCUAGGCAAAUCAUGCCUAGACCGGAAGCACCGACCUCGUCAAAUUUGGAAGUUUUGAUGGAAAAGUUGAUUAAGUCUCAGGAGCAAAGUGAGGAGAGGUUCAAACACCUUACAAAGAGAAUUGAUCAGCCUAGCGCCCACAAUAAGAUGUUGGAGAAUCAGAUAGCAAAUCAAGCUUCAACCUCCAGUACGAGAGUCACAGGAAUGUUGCCCGCUAGCACCGAAAAUUCAAGGGAGCAUGUAAUUGCAAUUGUUACAAGGAGUGUCAAGAUAGCUGAGGAGAAGAUUGAAGAGAUACUUGAUGGUGUAGAACUUGAGCCAGCUGCUGUACGGAAUAAUCCACAAGUCAUUGAUGAAGGAAAGAAGACUGUAAGAAAGUAUGAAAACCCCUUACCCUUUCCUCUACAAGAAACAAAGAAAAGUAGAUGGAAGAAAUUUUUAGAAAUAGUUGAAAAUUUGAAAGUUUCUGUCCCUUUACUUGAUUUGCUUUCCCAAGUCCCCUCCUAUGGAAAAUUUUUGAAAGAAAUACUUGCUAAAAUGAGAAAAUAUGGGGAACAUGAGAUGAUUGCAAUGGCACAACAGUAUAGGGCCUUGACACCCCGAGUUGGAAGAAGAGUGACUAAAUAUAAAGAUCCGGGGAAGUUCACAAUUCCUUGUAUUGUUGGAGGUCGUCCUAUAAAAGGAUCCCUUUGUGAUCUUGGAGCCAGUGUCAGUGUCAUGCCUCUUUCACUUUAUCAGUCUACUUCAACCGUUGUGGGUAUACUUCAAGAUGUCCCUGUUCGCGUGGACAAAUAUUUUGUUCCUGUUGAUUUCAUUGUAAUAGAUUCUCAGGAAAAUCCAGAAAUUCCACUCAUCUUGGGGAGACCUUUCUUGGCCACAGCCAGAGCAUUAAUUGAUGCUAGGAAGGGAACGAUGAUUUUAGAUUUUGGUGAAGAAAAAGUUGAAUUCAAUGCCUUUGAGGAAAAAAGUUCAUGCAACAUGGUUCAUCUAAUGAAGUGGGAUGAAGACAACCUCGAAAAUCAACCGGGAUGA